AUGAUUUCUCCGUCGCCAUGGCGUGGAAUACGGCUCAUUCCGCUCAAUCAACUCCACGAGUUUCAUCUCAGGCGGUGGUGGCAUGGGAUCUAUACCGCCGCGGCGGAGGAACCGUCGAUGAUGAAUCUCAACGGUUAUAACAACCACAAUAGUGUGAAAGGACUUCUUGAUCUUCCCAGAAAACAUCCCCUCGCCGCAGCAGCUAAACUCUCUAACCACGGCUCUGGCUUCUACAGCCGCCGAUCUCUUCAAUACCAUAAGCUUCAAGCUAUUUAA